GGAAACCAACCGCACAGAAAAUGUCGGUUCCGGCAACAGCUGAUUUGGCCAGCUGAUGCUGACCCUUGUAAUAGGACGGAGCUUGAGACUUUCCGAAGCCUGGGCGUCAGCCACCAAGUUAGGCAGCAACCAAGGCAGACAUGGGAAUUGGCACAUGAUAUAACGCCAUUACAAUCGAUUACAAUCAGCAGCCUACUGCGACCGUGGUCAAAACCUGAGUGCCGAAAAGAGGUCAAGCUUGUUAGCAAAGAAGCCGCCUGCGUGUGUAUUCAUGCGCCUCCUACAACGCAAUUGUGAGGGUGAUAUCCACCUGACAAAGGAAUAUCUUAGCGACGAUGUUCCACCAUAUGCGAUCCUUUCGCAUACCUGGGCUACUGAGGAAGUCACUUUCAAAGAUCUCAUGGAUGAUAGGGGCGAGGAUAAACUAGGAUACGACAAGAUCCGGUUUUGCGCAAAGCAAGCCUUCCAGGAUGGGUUACAAUACUUCUGGGUCGACACAUGUUGCAUCGACAAGUCAAGCAGCGCGGAAUUACAAGAGGCUAUUAACUCCAUGUAUCGUUGGUACAGGAAUGCAGCCAAGUGCUACGUCUAUCUUACCGAUGUCUCGAGAUCCACAGCUGGUGCUAACGGCACAUUCAGUCAACGGCAGUGGAUGCCAGCUUUCCGGAACAGCCGGUGGUUCACCCGUGGCUGGACUCUCCAAGAGCUUAUUGCUCCUGCGUCAGUUGAAUUCUUUUCACAGGAGGGUAUCAAGUUAGGGACCAAAAAGUCUCUAGAAGAAACCAUCUGUGAAACAACAGGAAUUCCUUCCGAAGCCCUUCGCGGCUGCCCUUUGCCUGAUUUUAGCGUUUCCCUACGAUUUUCUUGGAUACAGAGGCGCAAUACUACGCGCGCCGAGGAUAAGGCGUACUCACUAUUUGGCAUCUUCGAUGUCCAAUUACCUUUACUUUAUGGGGAGGGGAGAGAAAAAGCAUUCAAACGACUUCAAGAAGAAAUUGGCAAAGUGUCAAGGAAUGAGCCCUCAGUGCCUGACAAUUACCAGCCCCAGUGUUUCAAAUGUUCGUACCUUUACAUGUCUGGAAGGAAUAAUUGCAUCAACUGAAUACACACUAUCAGGUCAGGAGUUUGGACAUUAUGCCAAUGACACUCAUUGUUUCAAGUGUAAGUUCCUAUGCCCUUAUUUCUUCGUAAGUCCUAAUCUGAGAUUGUAUAGGCGGCGAUUAUGGACACUACGCCAAUGAUCCUCAUUGCUUCAAAUGCGAGUUCCCUAUACCCUUGCUUCCUCGUAGAUACUAAUCCAAGAUGAUAUAGGCGGCGAUUAUGGACACUACGCCAAUGAUCCUCAUUGCUUCAAGUGCAAGUUCCCAGUCGUCCCA